AUGCAGCUUGCAACUCGACUCUCCUGUCUGGAUGGGGACCUUUCUGAACUACCAGGGGGGCUUGCCACACUUGUUGGCAGCCGCGGUGUGACACUGUCUGGAGGACAGAAAGCUCGAUUAUCAAUUGCCAGGGCCAUCUACUCCGACGCGGAUAUUUACUUGUUUGAUGAUCCGUUCGCCUCUCUGGACUCUCAUGUUUGCAAGUCGUUAUGGAGCGAGACCAUCAAAGGGUAUCUACUUGCAAGGGGGAAGACCGUUGUGUUGGCGACCAAUCAGAUGCAUUACUUUCGUUCGUGCUUAAAGGUGCUAUUUAUAGAUGCUGGCACGAUCAAAGAAGUGACACCAGAGAGCGUAGAUAUAGACUGUUCUCCUCUGCCCGUCGCAGAAGUCCUCUCACUGACCUCUAUACAGGCUGUAGAGAAACACGACUCUGACUAUCAAGUGCAUCGAAUGGCAGCAGUGCUUAAGGAGGAGAAAUGCACGGAGCUGGGAUCUGUUAAUUCUAAAUAUUACAAGCUAUGGUUCAAGGCAGGCGGGACCUGGAGAUUCGUCAUUUAUGUUGUCAUGUGGGUCUUCUGUAUACUUAUGUUGCAACUGGCGUCGCUGCUCAUCAACUUCUGGACCGAACAGCGGCUAGGGCUGAGCACAGGUGGUUGCAUAGGUCUGUUCUUGUCGUUCUCCUUUGCAUUUAUGGUGAUCCUCUUCGUUGGGCAGCUCUUCUAUAUGCUGUUCACACGGAAGGCGGCAGAGAAGCUGUACUACAGCAUGGAAGAGGGGCUUAUCAAUACAUCGAUGUCGUUCUAUGACGCACACCCCAUUGGACGGAUCCUUAACCGCCUGAUAGCAGACACAGGUACAUGUGAUUUGACGGUGAAGAAUGGCCUAGCAGCGACAUGUGAGAACUCCAUCUUUGUGCUGGGUUCAUUACUGGCCACUUUGCUGAUGAGCUGGCCAUCUACGUUUGUGCUAGUUCCCUUGCUGGGACUGUUCCUUUGGAUGUUCAUGGGAUUUCGUGCUGUGUCGCCCCUCUUGCGACGCACCACCUCCCUCUUGAAUAGCCAUGUGUGUAACUUUAUUCUAGACACAUACUACAACCUGGCAUCUCUUAGAGCGUAUAGGUAUGAAGCCCAGGCGGCAAGCUACUACGCCAGAGCCGUCCUAGCUAUGGAGGCGGCAUUUUGGAUGGAUGUUUCCCUCUACAGAUGGCUACACUUUACAACUACCCUUCUAUCUAUCUGUGUGUCCGCAGUAGUUACUGUGUCCACUAUCAUAACGUCUUCUUUUGCUAACGGAGAGAUAUUUUCAGGUACCGUACUCAUGAAUGGCUUUGAUGUUGUCAUGAUGUUAAUAGAUAUGUGCUUCGGGAUUGUUGCAAUGGAUCUUUCUAUGGCCAGCGUGGAGAGGGUAGCAGAGUACGCUACUCUUGAACCAGAGAGUACAAGCGCUCCGCAUAGCCCAAGUAGCUUGCCGGCAGACUCUACUCUCGGGCUUAUUGUGCAAGAUCUUUCGCUACGCUAUCAACAGCAUUUGCCAGUUGUGCUUCAUGGGAUCUCAUUCACAGCGGCCAAGGGAGAGCGCGUUGCAAUCAUAGGAAAGACAGGGUCUGGCAAGUCAUCCCUUGUCAAUGCGAUUCUCAGACUUGUCGAGCCAGAGGCGGGCUCUGAGAUUCUCUUGAAUGGCCUGAACCUGCUGAAGAUGGGCUUACAUCAGGCACGGUCUAAGGUGACGCUGAUACCACAGGAUCCUUUUAUUUUCUCCGGGACACUGCGAGCCUAUCUCUCCGGGGAUAGACGGUUCUCAGAUGAGGAGCUGUGGCGUGUCUUGGAGAAGACGCACUUGCGUGAAUACUUCGCAGCUCAGUCAAAGCAACUUGACUACCACCUUUUUGAUAACGGCAGCAACCUUUCGCUCGGACAGCGACAGCUUCUGUGCGUAGCCCACGCGCUGCUCAGAGACACAGAAGUCAUCCUAUUGGACGAGGUAACAGCACACGUAGAUAGUGCCGCAGAGGCGGCUAUUCAGGAUGCCCUGGGGGCAUAUAAGGAGCAAAAGAUCAUUAUUACGAUAGCCCAUAGACUCCGCACUGUUUGCAACCAGGAUAGGGUUAUUGUUAUGGCCGGUGGUCAAAUAGUCGAGCAGGGUCCUCCACGCGUGCUGUUUCACAAGCCUGACAGUAUCUUUGCCAAUAUGGUAAGGUGUUCGGUAGAUUCGGAAGACCUCGUCGAUUUUCUUACGUCGAUGUGA